UAUUUUUAUGUUCCUAUAACGCGACCAUGAUGACGGACGACACGACUAAUAUCGCAACAGAAGAACCUGUCGUUCACGAAAAUUUAAUUUCGAGGAGAGUAUGGUAUUACGUUUUCGGUGAAUGGUCAUGUCUUGGUCUUGAUUGCGAAAAUAAAUGGGGACAUAAAAGAACAAAAAUCAAAUUGUCGAAAUAUAAAGACCGUGUUGAUGCUAAUGAUUUGAAUGAUACCGAACGAGUUGGACAAAAAUGUAGAAAAUGUUCUUCUAACAAUUCCAAAUUGGUUAAAUAUAGUCCAUUACCGGAAGAAGAUAUUAAACCACCUGUUCAUGAACAUUUAAUCUGGAAACAUGACGAUAAAGAGGAGUGGUAUAGAGUAUUCGGCACUUGGGAUUGUGAUAAUGAAAAUUGUAAACCUGGAUGGUCUAGCGCGCACACUUAUAUUCUCUUAUCAAAAUACAGAGAUGAAAUUCCUGCUGCUAAUUUGCAACGUGAUGACCACUAUUGGGGACAAGAUUGUAAGAGUGAGUCGUGUAGCACCUUCAGGGGAACAUUAAAAGAUUAUCGGCCGUUGAGAAGAGGGUUGUUAGGAAAUAAGCCGCAACAUCAAGGAACAUUCUGCCACAAGUGUCGGAGUUCGUUUUCUUGUGUCUAAUCCUAUAUUAUUCAUAUACAACCCUUAAAUUGUUUAUAGCAAAUUUCUUUUUACGUUACAAAAAAAAGUAUUGUUUAGAUGUACAGUGUGAUACAGGUUUUAUUCCGGUCCUUAGCAUAUAAAGAUUUUUUUUUACAAAUCUAAAUCGAAUUUUCAUCUAGAUAUUUGGAAUUUAAAAAGGAUUAAAAAAAUAAAUGGAAUAAAUCAGAUA